AUGCCAUUUCUCAGCCCAGACUGGAGGUAUCCUGGGGAUCAAUGGUUAAAAACGAAUGAAAGUGGUAGCAUGUGGGAAAAUGCUAAAAUAUACAGGCUCAGGAUGUUUGAAACCAUCAAUGAAAACGUUGUCAAGCGGUUGUGUCGCCAGACACUUAAAGAUGAAAUGGAGACAACACCUUACGCUAGUGAUUAUCUGAGAGCUGUUUUUUACCAGCCACAUAUACAUCUUCAGGCGGGUGCUACUCGUGAGAUAGCAACAACAACGACAAUCAGUGAAGCUUUACUGAAGCUAGACACUAAAGCUGCCUUAAGAGAUAUACGGAGAUUUGACUACAUCUGCAAGAUAAUGGAGCUUCUGAUAUCAGAACAUUUUCAUCGAUUGGCCGGUAGGCUGCAGCUCUUUCUAAUCGAACUUUUAAGAGAGGUGCUUAAGCAAGUUCAGGCUAGUUGCAACCAAACAGCACGCUUCCGAAAACUUUUGGAUGCAUUACUAGAGAAUUUAGAGAAAAACGAAUAUGAUCAUAUCGGAAGUACCUUGCUUUGGCAAAACCACAGAAAAGCCUUAGAUGAGAUGUAUGACAGUAUUGAUAACUUUGACAUUGAAAAAAAGAUUCAAUCCAUUGCAACCCAUCCCCAACAGAAGCUCAGGUCUUUAAGUGAACAUCAAAGCUCUUCCGAAGAAUGUGUAAGAUUGGAAAGACUACCAUCUGAAUGUUUAUCUCAUGUUCUUACUUUCUUGGACUCACCUCAAGACCUGGAAACAGCGUCGUUAGCUUCAAGUGCCUUAGCAAAUGUUGUUGAAGAUAAACAUUUUUGGCGAACUUUAACGCUGACACAUUUCGAUAUAAGUCAAAUACCGACUGUUAACUAUGGUCUUCCUGGAUGGCAUAGUCAAUCUCCGAUAUCAAUAAGUGAUUGCAAUUGGAAACGAGCUUAUGUAAGACUAUUGAAAAGAUAUGGUGACACUCAUAUUUAUCCAGCUAAGCUAGCUGUUUGCGAAAUUUGCUUCUGUUUAUUCUGGCCGAUUUUCGGACAUCCUUGUCAUUAUCCAAGCAAAGAGUCACGAAUACGUCUUUUAUCUCCAAAUGAAUUUAUUAUGCUUUUCCAAAUUUAA